AUGCAAGCCGAAUCGAGGAGCGGCUCACUGCAGUUGGCCUCCAUGGCCCAAAACAUGUACAGAGUUGGAGGUAAGUGUCAUUUAUUUUUGAUUCAUUCUGUUUUUAGAUUAUGUAUACAUUGAUCUUCAUGCCAACCAACCUUAUGCCAUCAGGAGGAUAGAAGAGCUGAAUAAGGUGGGUUUUAUGUUAAGGAAGGGGUACCUAGUAUUCAGUACAAUAGGUACGGGCCAAAUAUUGUUUUUAAUGAUAAAUUAAGGUUUUUUGUGUCUUCAUAAAAUUCAUUAUGGCUUUUAACUUGGUUUAGCAUUGUUUUAGAUAAUAGAAAGAAAUCGAUUUUGAAAUAAUCUAAUUAAACUAUUUUAGAAGGAUAUUAGUAACAAAAUUGUUAAUUUUUGCUAGGUAACACUUUGUAUGACAAAUAUAUAAACCAUUAGUUUAAUUUCGAGUUGUUUUAGACAUCCAGUGGCACAGUCGAAGCUAAAGUAGUAGCUUUUUAUCGGCGCAGAGAUCUUCCCGCCCAAUUAUUGAAAAUUGCUGAUAGAGCUGAACGACAAAACGAGAUUCGUAAGUGUUUAAGACAUGAAUUGUCGUAUCUUUAAUACAUAAUGUUAUUUACACAUUUUUCUAAUUUUUGGUCAUAAAUAAGCUAAGAAAGUUGAUUAUAUAAUGAUAGGUUGUGUGUUUCACCCUGUUACUUUUAGAAUUUCGACCACGCCGAAGUUUGUUAUCUAAAAAAGUAAAGACAAAUGGAGAAGAGACUUCUGAAGCUCAAACGAAUGGUAAUGGCGCACAACCGGAAGUAAAAGCAGAAGGUAAGGUUUUGUUUUGAAUUCUUAUAAAUUUAGGUAACAGUUUUAGAGUAUGGCAUACGUUUUACGUUAAUGUUAACAAUAUGAAUUUAUUCAUUUUUUGAAUCUUUCAGAAUCAGAUGCAAACAAAGACGAGAAAGAGCAAGGCUACGGUUUGGCUGGCCUUCCGUUGGGCGCCGAAGACUUAAACACAGAGCAGAUUCAUCAACUACGACAACAUGAACUGUUCCUGUCUCGUCAACACGAUACUCUUCAAGCGACAAUGAUAAGAGGAAAGUGUACGGUAGUUAUGUUGAAUGAAGUAGAAACCUGUGAUUCCUACUUGGACCGAGAAGAUGCCUUCUUCUACUCUUUGGUAUAUGAUGCUUCGAAUCAGACGUUACUAGCUGAUAAGGGUAAGAUUGAUGUUGGAGAACGACAUCAAGCUGACAUACCGGAUAUACUGUCACAAGACGUAAUAGACAAAGAAAGGGGACUAAAAGAAGGUGAUGAUGAAGAGGAAACGAGAGAGAACGGAGAUCUCACCAUCGAUGAGAACGACGAGGAAAAGCCUGACAGACAACAAGGACGGAAGAGAAGGCACAGUCAGACAUGUGAUGGUGUAUAUGAGACAAGAUACGAACAGAUUGUCUAUCAUCCACAUCACAAUCUGGGAGGUCGGGAUAUCGACCAGUUCUUGAUCAUUGCUAGGUAAGAAGAUUAAUAUCAUUGCUUUUUGGGUUUUGAUUUUAAAUACACAAAAAAUAUGUGUUACAACAUAAGGUUUAUGAGACACAGUAACUGUAGGAAUUGCUUUUCAGAGCUGUUGGUACAUUUUCCCGAGCUCUGGACACCUCCAGCACCAUGAAGCUACCUUCACUUCACAUGACAGCAGCUGCGGCUUCACGAGAUGUAACCCUCUUCCAUGCCAUGGCCGUGCUACACCAAGCCAAGUAUGAUAUUGGCCAAGCUGUCAGGUAUUUGGUACCUCCACCAAGCCGACAACACUAUCCUUUGUUGGCUGACGAAGCUACGGGACAUCAUACUGUAUCCCUUGGAGGCCCAAUCCUCUGUAGAGAUCAACUAGAAGAAUGGUCGGCUUCUGAAGCCACGCUCUUUGAAGAAGCCAUCGAGAAGUGUGGCAAAGACUUCCAUGACAUACGAAACGAUUGUCUACCGUGGAAGUCACUGAAAGACAUCAUCGAGUACUAUUACAUGUGGAAGACGACCUCACGUUACGCGGACCACGAAAAGGUGAAGAUGGCAGAAAAGGAGUCCAAACUUAAGCAGGUCUACAUUCCCAACUACAGUAAGCCUCACGUCAACCUCCUGAACGAAAGCCAAGUACCCAAAUACGAACAUCCUUGCGAGAGUUGUAAGGCCGACAACUCGGCGUCGUGGUACUCGUGGGGGCCACAAUCAGCUCAACUCAAGAUUUGCCAAGACUGCUGGCAAAUCUGGAAGAAGCACGGUGGACUCAAGAGACCUCACGAGUUCGAAACAUACGAUUUGGAUGGGUCUGGGGACAGGAAAGGACUGGCCAAGAACAGGAAUGGAGUCCCGGCCAAGGUCAGCCAGCACGUAUUCCAGACGGCCAAAGGUCGAGGGGCUUUCUAUUUGAAUACCAACUUCCAUGCUAGAGUGGCGAGAAGGUAAGUGUGGAAUAUUGUUUAUAAUAUUUUGUGCUGUAAAAACUGCAUGCAUAUAUAUUAUAUACGUAUAUAUUGGGCUAGGUAAAAAGUUUUGAAAACAAAUUCUUAUUGGAGAGGGGUAACUUAAAGCUUUCAUAUCGCAAACAGGUCCAAGAAUAGUUAGAGUUUGUGUGUUUUACACUUAUAAUAAACUUGUUUUCAGAAUGGCACCGAAAGACAUGUUUAACGUACGAAAAUCAGCACGAUCUCCACAAAUUCCAAUUGAUUUCAACGCGGUUUACAAUUAUUGUAUGUAUUUUGCUUUUUUUAAUUUACAUUUUUGCCUAUUUUUUGGGCAUCAAGAAAACUAUUCGUAUUUUACAUUGAGGUAAAGCUUUUUUACGUUAAAUGGAUAAAAGUCGAUGUUAGAAACAAGUUAACUAUAUUUGUGUUUUAUAAUUACAUUUAUGUUUACGUUAAGAUUCACGUAUUGUAGAUUAUGGCCGCGAGUUACCGGAAGUCCUGAAAACGGCGCGCCAAAUUAAGCACGACAAACCGCUGAAUGCGAACGCCGUCGAAAUACUAACCGGACUACACAACAAGUACGCCAACCGAUAG